AUGACCACAGGGUAUAUAAUGGCUUCAACGACGACGAAGGAAGGCAAGGUCAUCCAAGAUGUUGUCCUCGGUCCUCGCUCUUCUGGCAGUUGUUCCACUUCUGGCCCACGCACAAAGCCCAAUUUAUGUGAGUGUCCUACUUGCUACUUGAAAGCUGGGCUCAUACAAUCUACCAGGGCCAAUGUGGUGGUCAAGGAUGGACUGGUCCUACAACUUGUGCCUCUGGUUCGACUUGCACAUACAGUAAUCCCUACUACUCACAAUGCUUGUACGCCACGGUUCCCAAGGUUGUAUUUACCCCUUGCUCAACUUGUUCACAGGCCCGGAUCAAACGGUGGCGGUGGAGGUGGCACCACGUCAUCCACCACAAAACCCGUUUCGUCUUCCACUUCGAAGACAGGUUCAUCAACGAGCUCCGGCCCAGUGACUAGUCAAACCCCCAUUGCCGGAAACCCAUUCUCUGGCCGCAACAUCUUCCUGUCUCCUUUCUACGCCACUGAGGUCCAAGCUGCCGCUGCUAACAUCAGCGAUGCUACCACCAAGGCCAAGGCACUCAGCGUCGCCAACAUCCCCACUUUCAUUUGGCUCGAUGUCAUUGCAAAGGUCCCCACUCUCGGCACAUACCUCGCAUCUGCCAGCGCUGCCGGAAAGUCCUCUGGAACUCCCAGCAUCGUUCAGAUCGUCGUCUACGACCUUCCCGACCGUGACUGCGCCGCUCUUGCCUCCAACGGAGAGUUCAGCAUUGCCAACAACGGCCAGGCCAACUACUUCAACUACAUCGACCAAAUCGUCGCCCAGAUCAAGCAGUACCCUGAUGUCCGUGUCAUCGCUGUCGUCGAACCCGACAGUCUGGCCAACCUUGUCACCAACUUGAACGUCUCCAAGUGCUCCAACGCCCAGACGACCUACAUUGCCUGUGUCACUUACGCGAUCCAACAACUCAACAAGCUCGGCAAUGUCUUCAUGUAUCUCGAUGCUGGCCACGCUGGAUGGCUCGGCUGGCCCGCCAACUUGCAGCCCGCUGCCAACCUCUUCGCCUCGCUCUUCAAGAACGCCGGCUCGCCCGCUAACGUCCGUGGUCUCGCCACCAACGUUGCCAACUACAACGCGCUCUCUGCCUCCAGCCCCGACCCCAUCACCCAGGGCAACAACAACUACGACGAGAUCCACUACAUCAACGCCCUUGCUCCCCUCCUUUCCAGCGCCGGCUUCCCAGCACACUUCAUUGUCGACCAGGGCCGCUCUGGCCAACAGAACCUCCGUCAACAAUGGGGUGACUGGUGCAACGUAAAGGGUGCAGGCUUCGGUACCCGCCCAACCCUCAACACCGGCUCUUCGCUCAUCGACGCCAUCGUCUGGGUCAAGCCCGGAGGUGAAUGUGACGGAACCAGCAACACAUCUGCCGCUCGCUACGACUCUCACUGUGGUCUCUCUGACGCUGACCAACCAGCGCCAGAGGCCGGUACUUGGUUCCAAGAGUACUUCGUCACACUGGUCACCAAGGCGAACCCAUCGCUUUGA